GAACAACCCAGCCAAGUCUGUGAAGCGAGGGGGGCAGAUCUUGGAUGGUGAGGUUCAAGACAUGCUGAUGGAGCAGAAGGAGAUCAUUGCGUGCGCGCUCUAUGUGGUGGAGUGCGCGAAGCUCCUGAAGUACCACCACAAGAUGACGUGGGUG